AUGAACAAAUAAUUUACACUUAAAAAAGCAUUCUUCUAAAUUAAUAUUUAAGACAUUAGAGGCAAAAAGAAGGCUUGUGAAAUAUGCUAAAAGGACUUUAGUGUCUUGUAGAAGGAGCAUCAAUGUAAGAGAUGCAAAAGGGCUGUUUGUUAUUCGUGUUCGCAAAAUAAAGAAAUAAUCUAUAAGAUCGGAUUAUAUAAAUCUGCUUCCAACGUUGAUCAGAAACCUCAUAGACAAUGUGAUUUAUGUCACGAAGAAUCUUAGAGAAUGAGAUAAUUCAUUCAAUCCAAUAGUCUUGCCUUUGGUAAAGACACCCUUUGCGAGAGAUGGCUUAAAUAGAUGAAUAACAAAAAGAAUUACGAAGAAAUUGUAAAGGAUUAUUAUGAUAAUCUAAACGAUCCUCAAUUCGAAUAUAAAUUCAUGAAUUAAGAUGCCUCUGAAAGCAUGGCAUUUACGAAAUAUAAAAAUGCAAUGAGCAAUAUGUACAGCAAACUAGUUGAUUACUGUGAAGCAUACAAUUACUCUUUUCAAGAAUUUUAUCAUCACAUUACUCAAAAAAAGGAUGCUACUUCGAUUUAAAAUGCCAUUUGCAAUAUCAUCAAAGCAUUUCUUAAUAAACAUCCUAAAUUUGGAUUUGAUGAUGAAUUCAUCCUUGUGGUAUAAUUCUUUUUAAGCUUUGCUUCAGAACCAUUAGCCUUUAUGUGUCUGUCCUAUUUUUAUGAAUUAGUGUACCCUAGAGAACUUUACUAUACCUUCCUUAAAUCAAACGAUUACGAUAUAAAAAAAUAUUCUAAACUCAUACUCUCAUUGUUGGAUUCAGUGUUCCAUCUCCAAUCUUCGGAUGUUUAAAAAAUUUAAUCUUACUUAAAACAUGACUUUUAAAAGUUAGCAUUGACUUUGUCGAUUAAUUCUCUUACUUUUGAAAACACCUUUCUCUUGAUUGAUAAUUGUAUUAAGGUAGGCAACUUUUUAGAAUUCUCAAAAGGAUUGACAGCAAUUUGUUCUUUGAGAAUUGAAGAAAUAAAGAAGUAUGCAGAUGUUUCAUAUGAGAAACUGGCUGUAAAAAUUCUAAGAAAUGUUGAAUUUAGGGAAUUGCAAGAAUCCUUGAAGAUGUUUGAAAUUGUCGAUUAAAAGAUUUAAGAUAAGAUAAUUAAAUCUUUCAUAUAAGAAGAACAGAAAGCAAAUUUUAUUCUAGAUGAUAAAUAUCUAUAAAAUAAAAUAUUGUCAAGCGAUCAAUACAAAGAACUCUAAUAUAAAUAUGAAAUUUUGGACAAUGAAAAAAAUGGAUUGAAGAAAUAAAUUGAAGAGCAAAACAAGAUCUAUUAAUUAACAUUAGCAGAAAAUUAAUAAUAAAACCAAUAAAUUUCAUAGUUAAAAAAUGAUAUGUCUAAAAUCAAAUCUGAAUUAUUCGAUCUCCAAAAUUUACCAUAAAAUGUAUAAACAAAUUAAUCAUACACAGGUGGAAGUGACUAAUCUAAAUUUAUUGCGCUGUUGUAAGCCUAAAUUUAAGAGUUAAGAGCUAAGUACUAAGGCUUAGAAGAAGAAUUAUAGAUAACACAAACUUAAGUCUAUAAUAAGAAUGUGGAAAUUAGAAAGCUGUAAAGUAAUGUUAGAGAAAAUAGCAAAACUUUGACUGAUUUAGCCUUUGAAAAUCAUAAUUUAUAAUAUGAAUUAGAAUCUAAUCUCGGAAGGUCAAGAACCAGCACAAGAUCCAGAACAUAAAAUGAAGAUAAAUUAUCAUAUGAAAUGAUGGAAGAAAAGUUAAAGAGAACAGAAAAGUCUUUAGAAUCAUUAUAAGAAACUUAUGAUGAAUUAAAAUUAACCACUGGUGAAUAAGAAUUAGAAUUAGUUCGUUCUAAAAGAUUCCAAUAAGAAGCAUAGUUUACAAUAAGCACGCUCCAAUUAUAGAUUACUUCCUUAGAAUAAUAAUUGUAAGAUGAAAGGUAGAUCAAUUAGAAAAAUGUGGAAAUAAAUAGGGAGAGACUGGAAAUGCAAUACAAGAAAAUGAAUGAAAGUUUAGAAAUUGUUUAUGGGAGGAAUGAUAAAUUGAUGACUGAAAAUGAGUAACUGAAGAAAGAUUUAAAGGAUUCUCAAGAUUUGUGUUAGGAAUAAAAAUAGUUAAUCAAAUUAUUACAGGAAGAAUACGAAAAAUAAAAGUAUUUGAAUGAAGAACAAGAGAAGAUAUCUUAAGAAUUUAAAAACAGAGAUUUGGAGAGACAAUUUGAUGCGUUCGAGGCACUAAAAGAAAACGAGGAUAAAGAAAAAGAAUAGUUGGCUAUCUAACUAUUUAAAAAGAUAGAAGAUUUAAUUAAAGAAAUUCAAUUCAGAAGUAUAGAUUAACUUUUAAAAAGAGAAUAAUUAAAUAAACUUUUUAGAGAAAGUGCUUAACAUGAAAAAGCUAUGAGAUUACUUUUGGAUAAAGUUGAAAAUUAUACUGAUAAAAAGUUGAUGCAUCACCAUUCAGCUUCAUCUUAGUAAUAAUCUUUAAGAUUAGAAGCCUCAAUUAAAGGAUAAGAUGGAUAGAAUGAUAAAGAAAGAUCAAUAAAUAUUUCAGAUAAUAAAAAAUAGGAAGACUGCAAUAUAAUGUGA